GAGUGCAUAUUGAUCUAAUAGUCGAUCUAACGGUUGAUGUGUUAUAUGAUAUAAUGGUUGAUAUAACAGUUGAUAUAACAGUUGAUAUAACAGUUGAUAUAAUGGUUGAUAUGACGGUUGAUAUAAUGGUUGAUAUAACGGUUGAUAUAAUAGUUGAUAUAAUAGUUGAUAUAACGGUUGAUAUAACGGUUGAUAUAAUGGUUGAUAUAACG